AUGGCUGCGCUCGGCGGGGUGGCGGCGCUCCGCGCGGCGCUCGGGCUCUGCGGACGGGUGGCGCGCGCGGCUUCGGGGCUCUCACCCCGGAGAGGUUAUGCCCUAGGCCCCGCUGAGAGCCCACCCACUUUUGGGUUCCUAUUGGACAUCGAUGGAGUGCUGGUGCGGGGUCAUAGAGUGAUCCCUGCUGCUCUAGAAGCGUUCCGCAGGCUGGUGAACUCCCAGGGGCAGCUGCGGGUGCCUGUGGUUUUUGUCACAAAUGCUGGGAACAUCUUACAACAUAGCAAAGCCCAGGAGCUGUCUGCCCUGCUGGGGUGCAAGGUGGAUCCAGACCAAGUCAUUCUUUCUCACAGCCCCAUGAAGCUCUUCUCCCAGUACCAUGACAAGCGGAUGCUAGUGUCUGGGCAGGGACCUGUGAUGGAGAAUGCCCAAGCACUGGGCUUCCAGAAUGUUGUUACUGUGGAUGAGCUGCGGAUGGCCUUCCCAGUUCUGGACAUGGUGGAUCUUGAGCGACGGCCGAAGACCACGCCCCUUCUGAGGAAUGACUUCCCGGCCAUUGAAGGGGUGCUCCUCCUUGGAGAGCCAAUCCGCUGGGAGACAAGCCUGCAGCUGAUCAUGGAUGUCCUCCUCAGCAAUGGGAACCCUGGAACUGGACUGGCAACAGCCCCCUAUCCCCAUCUCCCUGUCUUGGCCAGCAACGUGGAUCUUCUUUGGAUGGCUGAAGCCAAGAUGCCCAGGUUUGGCCAUGGUACCUUUCUACUUUGCCUGGAAACCAUCUACCAGAAAGUGACAGGCAAGGAACUGAGGUACGAGGGUCUGAUGGGCAAGCCCAGCAUCCUCACUUACCAGUAUGCGGAAGACCUGAUCAGGCAGCAGGCGGAGAGGCGGGGCUGGGCUGCCCCCAUCCAGAAGCUCUAUGCUGUAGGAGAUAACCCUAUGUCUGAUGUCUAUGGUGCCAACUUGUUCCACCAGUACCUACAGAUGGAGAAGCGUGGCAGGGCAGAGGAACUAGUGGCUGGUGGCCUGUGGAAGCAGCGACCCUCAGCAACCCAGAGCUGCGCCUCCAUCCUGGUGUGCACUGGAGUGUACAGUCCCCAGAAGCCAGGGUCCAUGGGGCCUGCCCACGGAGGAGCGGAGCCUCCAUUCCACGGGCACCGGGACUUCAACUUCAGUCCGGGGCUCAUGGAGGCAUCUCAUGUUGUGAACGAUGUGAAUGAGGCUGUGCAGCUGGUUUUCCACCAGGAAGGCUGGACUUUGUAGUGAUGGGUGUUCAUCAGAGGCAAGGGGGAAGGAGGGAGGGAGCUUGGGCCACAGGUGAAUCCUGUUCGCUGGGUUCUGGUCAGGUCACUGGGUGUCAAGUCAUGGCCUGGUUCUCUUGCCACUUUGCCUGCUGCCCCAGUGCUGGGAUGUAACUGGUCAAGAACCAUGGUAUACUGGGGGUGCAGUCAGUGUGCAUGAGCCCUGGGUUCCAUCUCAAGCACUACAAAAACAAAACAAUAACAACGAGAAGAAGACAGUGACUUAUUUUUCCUGCUGAGCAGUAGCCACAGUAAUGUACCAGGGGAGCAUUUCAUGUGGAACCAUUGAGAUUUCUGAGCCCAAUUCCCACGUGCCUCUCCUGGCAAUCUGACCUCUGAAUGCUCCUUUUACCUCUGUGCCUCACUUUCCUCCUCCUUUUAGUAGGGACUUCUGAAAAAUGGGGAGGCAGUGGGAAUAAUGUGGAAGUUUCUGCAGAGCCUUCGCUCUCACUGAAGGAACCACUGUGUUUCAGCAGGGUGUGUAACUAACACAUUCUAGUUUUGACUGUAUUUUAGUUUAUUGCCCAGAGACUUUGGGGCUUUUUUUUUUUUAAUUAAAGUCAUCCUAAUAAAUAUUCAUUAUACCA